GGAGGUGUGGCGUUUGCUUUGUCGUUUUUAAUAGAGUGACACAGAAAGGAAGCGCAUCGGGUGCAUUUUUAAAAAUUGGGAAAAAGAAAGCAAGGCCUUAUGCAAAACGAAGGUCACUAUAAAGCGGUUCCACCAAAACCUCAUAGACAUACAAAACGUCCAUCACAGGCAGUUAGAGGGGGGGCAAGCCAGCUCACCACUAGACCCGGGUGUUCUAUACCAAAACAAAAGCUGGUUGAACGUUACGCCACCCCCAUCGUGAAUUAAACCCCCCCUACGAAACUAAAAGAAAAAAUAGUCGUUUUUACCUAAACUGAGCCCCCCACCCAAAACACACGUUUUGAGUGAUUUGGGGAAAAUGGUGCUUCGAUUUUAAACCCUUUUUCCUUUGGGGGGGAAAAAAGGAAUGAAAAACUUUGUCAAAGCCCUAAAUCCCACAACACUCUCCCCAUAAAAAACACUUUCCCAAACAAUGACCCAAAAACUUUGACACAGAACGGCUUUAGGGCAAGAAAGGGUGAAAAAAGCCCAUCAGUUUGCCUGACAACGAUGCUGGACCUCCAAAACAACUGUCUUUCAUGUCUUUCCUUGCCAUUUUUUGAAGUUUACAAGAUGCAUUGCCUUUGGGCUGUUCGAGUUCCCCGACGACAAUGCAGAAAACUUGGCAGUGGAGCUCAAGAGUGGAAAAAGAGGGGCAAGUAGGAAAAAUGGUGUGCGGUGAAAAAUUUGCUGAAAAAUCACCAAAGCCAUAAAAUUUUUAAAGUACCCAUCCCCCAUUUUUGCGCAUACACAAAAAACUGGUGGUUAAGAUGCUCGAAGGUAUAAAAACAACCGGGAAAAGGGUAAAGGUGUUGGGAUUUUUUCCACAAAAGCCGUAGACACAGAAGCUAAAGUCCACCAGCGCCAAAAGGGGGGAUUCCGAAUGAGGCCCAAACAGAGUGUGCCACCAGGGGAAAUAACAUUUUAUAGUUUAAACGAAGCUUUAAAUAAAAGAGCCUCAUCUCCCACCCUGGCCCUCAUCAACGCAUCUAUUGAGCCAUUAAGCCAAGAGGAAUGGGAGCUGGUGAAAGAGGUCUGCGCCGUCCUGCAACCAUUCCAGGAGGUGACUGUGGAGAUAAGUGCAGACAGGUACCUAGAACCCAUUGAAGCAUUGUUUUCUCUACUUACUAUUCAGUCACUAUUAUACAUUGCAAACACCAACACAUACAGUAUAAUGCAUCACGUAUAAUAUGCCACAUACUUUUAAAAAACUAAAUUCUAAAAGUUGCUGUUUUCUCUCCUUCAGCUAUGUCACAGCCUCGAAAAUGCUCCUGCUUUGCAAAGGUCUGCAGCUGGGUGACAGCCGAGAACCAAUGGACAGUAACUGUGCAGAAAGUGAAGGAAUUAGUUGCAGCUCUUUGUUCAGCCAUGGACCGCAAAAUUUCUGCGGAUGGAGUACAACACUGUCCUUUCAGAAACUACCUUAUUGGAUCCAAGGUUUAAAAAACUUGCCUUCAGUGAUCGUAGAGCUGUUGAUGAAGCUCUUCAGAGGAUUAGUGCAGCAGCAGCAGCAAAAUGCACCCCCAGCAGCCAGCCAGCUCCACCAUUACAGGGCCAAGUGGAGGAGGAGCAGCAAACCUCUGCUGUUUGGAGGCUUUUUGAUGACAGAGCUACAGGAGAUGCUUCAAGGAGAAAUCCGACAGCUGAUGCUAUAA